AUGGAGUUGUGGAAGGUUUUCUGUGGACAAGAUUCAGGCAUCACCAUGAAGUGUAUCCUGUUAACCUUGCUGAUGAUAACUGGUGUUAUUUCAGUUUUUAUUGAAGAUGUUGCAGACCUAAGCAAUCUUUUCUAUUUAUUAUAUCUGAAAUCCAGUUACAAGUCCUGUAUGGGGACUCUGAUUGCUCCUCAGUGGGUGAUAACGGCAGCACACUGCUUCUUACCAGAUCUCCAGGUGAUCUUAACUGGUGGAGCCAUCACUUUUCAAGAGUUUAUUGGGGAGAUUCUGCCUUAUGAGGAGGUCAUUGUUCACCCAAAUUUCACUUUCACUUCUCCUAAAAAUGAUCUUAUGCUGAUAAAGUUGUCUGUACCUCUCACCUUCUUCUCUACCAGCAUGUUUCAGUUGCCUGUUUCCAAUGCAAGUGACAUUUCAGAUUGCUUGGUUUACACCUGGAUGGAAGAAAAAAGAUCUUUUGGAAAGACGAGAGGUUACCUGCAGAGCUUCAUGACUGAACUGAGUAUUGAUUCAGUCUGCAGAACAUUACUGCAUAAAAAGUUUUUUGAAGACUUGUUCUGUGUGGGACGCUUAAGAAAAAACACAGAAGAAUGCCAGGUGACCACAGGUGCACCAGCCACAUGUGGCGAUAAAUUACAAGGAAUUAUGUCUUGGACAACUGGAUGUUUUCCGAAAGAUCUUUCUGCUGUCUUCAUUAACAUCUACAGCCACAUUCCAUGGAUCAAGAACGUUAUUUCUACAUAA